UGAGAACAAGAAUAUACCAAAUGGAUAAAGAUGAUCUUUGAAUAGUUUUAGCUCGAUGAUGUACUCCUAUAUCUUACUCAAAGAACAAAAUGAUUGAAUGAAUCAAUUUCAACAAAUUCCCAAUACAAUUAAUUAAUUAACCAUUUAUCUACUACAAUAAUGAUAACGAUGAUUCUACUCUUUGUAUUUUUGAUCUUGAACACCAACCUUGUAGCCCAAUCAAAACCCUCGAUAAACGUAACCCCAACAACCCUAACUAAAUCCGGCGACACCGUCGAAAUACGGUGGUCCGGGAUCCAAUCACCAUCUGAGCUAGACUUCGUAGGUAUCUACUCACCACCAACCUCCGCCCACGACAAUUACAUCGGAUACCUCUUCCUCUCAAAAUCACCAACAUGGAAAUCAGGUUCAGGUUCCCUUUCUCUCCCUCUCAUCAACCUCAGAUCAAAUUACUCUUUCCGAAUCUUCCGAUGGACACAAUCCGAAAUCAACCCUAAGCGUCAAGAUCAUGAUCAUAACCCUUUACCACAAACUCGAAACCUUCUCGGAUUCUCCGAAGAGGUUUCAUUUGGUGGUUCCACCGGUCGAGGACCACCGGAACAGAUUCAUCUUGCGUUUGCUGAUGAAGAAGAUGCUAUGAGGGUUAUGUAUGUGACUUGGGAUCCGAAGGAGACUCAUGUGAAGUAUGGGGAAAGAGAGGAUAAGAUGGAUGGUUUGGCGGUUGCGAGUUUGAAGAGAUAUGAUAGGGAGCAUAUGUGUGAUGCUCCUGCUAAUCAAAGUGUUGGUUGGAGAGAUCCUGGUUAUAUACAUGAUGCAUUGAUCACUGGCUUGGAUAAAGGAAAAAAAUACUAUUACAAGGUUGGAAAUGAUAAUGGAGGUUGGAGUGCAACUCAUAGCUUUGUGUCCAGGAAUAGUGAUUCAAAUGAAACAAUAGCUUUCCUUUUUGGCGACAUGGGAACAGCUACACCAUACAAUACAUUUUUGCGUACACAAGAUGAAAGCAUAUCAACUGUGAAGUGGAUCCUCCGUGAUAUUGAAGCUCUAGGAAACAAGCCCACCUUUGUGUCACACAUUGGAGACAUUAGUUAUGCAAGAGGUUAUGCGUGGUUAUGGGACCAUUUUUUUGUGCAGAUUGAACCUAUUGCAACCAAAGUGGCAUACCAUGUAUGCAUUGGCAAUCAUGAGUAUGACUGGCCUUUACAGCCAUGGAAACCUGAUUGGGCUAAUUAUGGAAAAGAUGGGGGUGGUGAGUGUGGUGUACCCUACAGUUUAAGGUUCAACAUGCCCGGAAACUCUUCAGAACCCACUGGAACUGUAGCUCCAGCAACUCAGAAUCUUUAUUACUCAUUUGAUAUGGGAGUAGUACAUUUUGUCUAUAUAUCCACAGAAACCAAUUUCCUUCCUGGGAGCAACCAGUAUAACUUCUUAAAGCAUGAUUUGGAAUCAGUUGACAGGAACAAGACACCUUUUGUUGUAGUCCAAGGGCACCGACCCAUGUACACAACAAGCAACGAAAUUAGGGAUGCUGCUUUAAGAGAAAAGAUGCUUGAGCACCUGGAACCUCUAUUGGUGAAUAACAAUGUGACCCUUGCCCUUUGGGGUCAUGUUCAUAGGUAUGAGAAAUUUUGUCCGCUGAAUAACUACACUUGUGGAAAUGGUGUGGGCCAGAAAGCAGGGGACAAAAAAGGAUAUACUAUUCAUCUUGUAAUUGGCAUGGCAGGGCAAGACUGGCAACCCAUUUGGGAACCAAGACCGGAUCAUCCCAAUGACCCAAUCUAUCCACAACCAAAACGAUCUUUGUACCGUGGGGGUGAGUUUGGGUACAUUAGACUGGCGGCUACAAAACAGAAGCUCGUGAUUUCUUAUGUUGGAAAUCAUGAUGGCGAGGUGCAUGAUACAAUGGAGAUUCUGGCAUCUGGAGAAGUUGUCAAUGGUAUUGGCGAUAUUGGUAGUGUUAAACCUGAAGGUCAGAUCGAAGAAUCCACAUUGUCGUGGUAUAUCCAAGGAGGAAGUGUACUGGUGCUUGGGGCUUUUUUGGGCUACAUUCUUGGUUUCAUUUCACAUUCCAGGAAGAAGCUUGGGUCCAAUAGUGAUUUUACUGCCUUGAAGACUGAUGAAACAUGAUUAUUCAUUACCAUUUACAACUUUUUUAUAGGAAGGUUCAGAAUUAUGUAUCACUGCUAUUUGUUUGAUAAAAACCCGAGUUGCAACAUGGUAUACUUGGGGACUUAUGUUUGUACAUAUGCAAUUUUUCUUGCUCAAAACAUGCCAUUUAAGGCAUCCCUUGUAACUUGUGGUGUUUUAUAAUAUAUUCAAGUUAUAUUAUCUA